CGCGACGACGCGCCACUGUGGCCGCGAAGCCGCUGCUCUUGCGUGCUCUCCGGGAGCAGGCGUGGAAAUCACAAAUGUCGUCGGGGAAUCGGGACAGACACUACGAUGCGGUCCCAGUGGAUUUGCCUGAUCAAAAUGGCACUGCCAGAGCCCUCCAGACUCUUCACGACAGCGAGCUGGCCCUGAGUGCUGAUCCUUUGCCACCACCCCCUCUCCCGUUACAGCCACCAUUCGGCCCAGACUUCUACUCAAGUGACACAGAGGAACCAGCCAUAGCACCAGAUCUCAAACCCAUAAGGCGUUUUGUCCCCGAAUCCUGGAAGAAUUUUUUCAGAGGGAAGAAAAGGGACCCGGAAUGGGACAAGCCGAUGUCUGACAUCAGAUAUACUUCCAAUGGAGUGGAGUGUUCACCUCCAGCCUCUCCAGCAAGACCAAACCACCAUUCUCCCCCCAACUCCUGCAAAGAUCCUUACAAAGGGUCAGAAGGAACCCUUGAUUCCCGGAAGGAGGCUGACGCAAUGUUUCCCCACGAUCCCUAUGGCUCUCUAGGCCGACACACACAAACAGCUCGAACAUACAGCGAGAAGGUGGAGGAGUAUAACCUGAGAUAUUCCUACAUGAAAUCGUGGGCAGGACUACUGAGAAUUCUGGGUGUGGUGGAGCUGCUUUUGGGGGCCGGCGUCUUCGCUUGUGUCACCGCUUACAUUCAUAAGGACAGCGAGUGGUACAACUUGUUUGGAUAUUCGCAGCCCUAUGGUGUCGGAGGUGCUGGUGGCCUGGGCAGUAUGUAUGGGGGCUAUUACUACAGUGGUCCCAAGACCCCUUUUGUACUCGUGGUUGCUGGGUUAGCUUGGAUCGCCACCAUUAUUAUCCUGGUUCUUGGCAUGUCCAUGUAUUAUCGGACCAUUCUUUUAGACUCUAAUUGGUGGCCUCUAACUGAAUUUGGAAUUAAUGUCGCCUUGUUUAUUUUAUAUAUGGCUGCAGCCAUAGUCUAUGUGAAUGAUACCAACCGAGGUGGACUCUGCUACUAUCCAUUAUUUAAUACACCAGUGAAUGCAGUGUUCUGCCGGGUAGAAGGAGGACAGAUCGCAGCGAUGAUCUUCCUGUUUGUCAUCAUGAUUGUUUAUCUCAUUAGUGCUUUGGUUUGCCUAAAGUUAUGGAGGCAUGAGGCAGCUCGGAGACAUAGGGAAUAUGUGGAACAACAAGAGAUAAAUGAGCCAUCUUUGCCAUCAAAAAGGAAAAUGUGUGAAAUGGCCACCAGUUGUGACAGACAAAGAGACCCAGAAGUUAAUAUCAAAGAAUUGAGAGCAACAAAAAUGAAACCUGAACUGUUAAGUGGACACAUUCCCCCAGGCCACAUCCCCAAGCCUAUCGUGAUGCCCGACUACGUGGCAAAAUACCCUGUGAUUCAGAAAGAUGAUGAACGAGAGCGCUAUAAAGCUGUGUUCCAGGACCAGUUUUCAGAGUACAAAGAGCUCUCUGCGGAGGUGCAGGCCGUCUUGAGGAAGCUUGAUGAGCUGGACGCAGUGAUGAGCAGAUUGCCACAUCGUUCGGAAAACCGACAGGAACAUGAGAGAAUUUCAAGAAUCCAUGAAGAGUUUAAGAAAAAAAAGAAUGAUCCUACAUUUCUGGAAAAAAAAGAACGUUGUGAUUACCUAAAGAAUAAACUUUCGCACAUAAAACAAAGAAUUCAAGAAUAUGAUAAAAUAAUGAAUUGGGACAUGCAAGAUUAUUCUUAAACCUUAUUUGAAACUCCCUUUUUAUGGCAAAUUUAAUAUUUAUUUACUGCCUUUUUAUGCUACUCUCUGUGAUAGAGAAGCAAUGCUUCUUGAAUCAGCUUCUAGUUGGUUUAACCUUAUUAAAGAGUAUGACUUCACUCAAUCAUUUCAAAACAAAUUCAAAGUUACCAUUUGUCUACCAUUCCAUACCCAUCUAUCUUGUUAAAAUGUGUUGUCAUUUUAAGUGCUCUAGAGAUCACAUCCUUGCAAAGUGAUGAGCAAGUGGAGUUUCAGUUCUGGUGCUGCUUUUUCUCUUUUCACUCAGGCACGUUCCUAGGAUUUUUCUAGGACAAAUUUCCCUUCCCAGCCAAAGGUAUCAUCUCUUCCCCUGAAAGGGGUUUGAAUCCCAGAUCACUAUUUACAAGCUUUGUGAUCUUGGACAAGUUGCUUAGCUCUCAGUGCCCAUUUUCUCAUCUAUAAAAUGGGGCUAAUGACAGUACCUGCCUCAUAGGGUCGUUAUGAGGGUUAAAUGAAUUAAUAUUUCUAAAGCACUUAUAACAAAGCCUGGCACAUUAUAUGCACUAGAGGUCAAGUGCUUCACUCAUUUAUUAGUGUUUGUGAAAUCUAUAGAAAUGUUUGUGAAAUAAAUAAACUACAUAGAAUGAGUCUCAAGAAAAGGUCCUUAAUAAGCAAGCCCAGCCAGCGAGCCACACUUUCUUCUUUGUGCAGUUAUCUCUCACCACACAUACCACGCUUAGGCAGAUGCUUGCCGGUGGUUCUGGGCCCACUGGGGUUGAACACAGCUUCCCUAUCUUUAAUAUUCAGUAUCAGUGAUCAGACCAGUGUCACAGAUAGAGCAUGUCCCUACAGCCCAGCCUAACUGUACACUUAGAACAGAAGGACUGAGUGAACAUUAGUGCCCUUUUCUAUCCCCUUUGGACAUUCAUCCCAAGGCCCCAUGAUGUUACACUGACUUGGAAUCUCCCUUUGAUUUAUUGGGAUACUUUAUCUUUUCAAGAAUUGUCUUGGCUAUGGGGCUUUAUUCGUGAGAAAUGUUAUCUUUAUUUGUAUGAACAAUGGACUGCCUAAAAAAAUGUUUAAAAUCAUCAUUAUUGGAGUCUGUUCAGCAGCAUCUAUGUUGUAAAUAAAUUCCCAAAUCUAGAAUUAUAGUUUCUGUUUAAUAUAGCUGCCAUUCAAACAAUCCAUGCUCAAAGACUUUUCUAAAGUGAUGAAACCAAACAUUAGAAAGUGUUGGUUACUGAAUGAAUUUUCCAGUUUUUCUUAUCAAUGAAAUCUUAUUUAGUGUUUAUUGUUAAUAUUUUAAUUCCAUGGUUUCCAGACUAUACUUAGAGCCCAAAAAAUCUUAAGACUAGACAUCUCGGGAAGAGUGAGGCCCUCUGGGAGCCCUUCACUGAAACAAAUUCACUUUCUCUUUCAUGUAGUGGGGUCCUGCUUUAACAUUCCACUUAAGAAGAACACCAUACCUUUUUUUAAAAAAGUUGUAAUACUACCAUUUUGGAACUGUAAAAAGUUAGAUAAAUACUGCAAUGAAGUAUUAAGAGAAUUUAACUUUGUGGAACUUUAUUUUACUACAAUUGUAAAUAUUAAUCAUUGAAAACCAAUGUUGUAACGAUUUUUUUUUAAGUUUUUAUGUCAGUACCUAGGUAUAUUAAAAUUUCAGUUACCUGUUGUUUUUGUGUU